AUUCGAAGAUGGAAGAUCAACGGGACUGAAGAUUUUUGUUGCAAAACCGCAGACGGAAGGUGGACAAUAUCAAAGAGGAAGGGAGGAAGGAAACCGCGCAAAAUUAAGUAAACAUAGACCGGUUACCCUCAAAAAAGACUGUUGCAUGACCUUGUAUGUUCAGUUCGAUGAAACUAGAUUAGUCAUCUAGAAAUCACAUGUUUUGUAAUGUAUUUACUUUUUUCAGCAAUUUGCUGAGUGGUCAGUUUACAUCAUGUUGACUGUGGGUCGAGUUACUAAUCCUUUCAAGCCCUUUUCCUAUUAUGUCUGGAAUUCCGUUGAUGCCUUCCAGUGGAUUCGUUAGUUUCAAUAUGCAAGGCGUGCAAUUGUUUGUCAACCAAUAACGGAGCGGUAAACAUCGUUGCUAAAAAACGUGCGUCUUCAUCAUAGUAUAAAACUGGAGCAUGACUUUUCAUGAUGGAUCUCUUGGAAGACAGCUUCUCACUCCUUAAAAAUACCGGUGCAAGGUCUUCAAUGGCGUUGGGAGAUGAAUCUUUUCGUGAAAAUGUCCAAGAACUGCUUAAACUGCUUUCUGCGAUCAGGAGACAUUCUACCGAAUCUCAGGUCGAGGAAUACAUGAGUUUGCUUGCUGACAGCUUCGACGAUGAGGUUGAUGUCGUUGUGGAGGCGUUGGAAACGGGAGAGGCUCUGGCUACAGUUCUCUCAGCAAUGAAGCUUCAUUUCCGGAAUUUCAAAAUUCAGCUGCAUGGCUGCUAUGUCCUGUUACGACUUGUGGAGCUAAGCCCGAGAAUAAAGGGUGAAUUUCAAGGCAAACCUGACGACUUAAAGUUUCUUCUGCAAAUUAUGUCAAAGUACGCUGAUAAGACUUGUCAAGUGGUUGGCUGUAAAAUUAUUUCCAAUUUGUGCACUUCUACAAGGACAAGACGAGAUGCUGUUUCAAAUGGAGCAGUAGGUUCUGUGCUGUAUGCUAUCAGCCAGUUUGGCGAAGAGGAAGAAUUUUACAUUCCAGCGUUUGAAGCGUUAACUUGUCUCCUUGCAGACGACCUGAAAGUUAAGGAGAACUUCAUGAACAUGGAUGUCCAAAAUUCACGGAAAAAGGCUUAUCGUAUGUUAGUAGAUAUCAUGGAAAAGUAUACAAAUUCAGGUAAGCUUUUUUUAAUUUUAAAAAAGUUCCCCUUUUUCUCGGAAAGGUAAAAGAUGGAAUAUAAAUUUAGAAGCAGGAAAUACUAUACAAGUUAACAUCAUUUAAGUCCAGAAUGGUCUCCAUAGCUUGACCUGAGUAAAGAGAUCUUUAAAGGAAGAGGAAUGGGCUUCCUUCCUUUUUAAGGUUAUCUUUGGUUUACUUUAUACUGAAUGUACUCUAUGUUGUUUUCCCUCCAGCCGUCAAAAGCCUUUUGAAUUAAUCAUGGGGUAUAAUUGAUUAUCUAAACAAUAAACAUUUAAGCUAAAUGUUUGCACAGCCUCACAAAUGAACACGCCCCAGUUGUUCAAAAGGUGAAUAACGCUAUCCACUGGAUAACGAUAUACGCAGGGUCCUAGUGGAUUUCGCUCUCCACCAUUUGAACAACUGGGUGGGUGUUGGGAAAAUUCGAGACACUUCAUUUGGGAUUUGCAUAAGUUUCGAGAGAGUUCCCAACCCGUUGAGUGUUUAUAUGAGGGUAUCAAACACAGAGAAAAGAAGCAGUCCAUUGUUUUCAUGAAUAAUUUAACGAAUUGACAAAGUGGAGCACUACUCUACAUUACGGGCACUGAUGAAAGGAAAAUACUUACUAGUUGCGAAUGUUGUACAUGGUGCAGGUCAAAAUAUUAUAUUCUAGGUUGAUUCGCAAUCUCCUUUGUCUCCUAGCCCUACAGGAAAUUGAGAAUCAGCCUGAGGAUUUGACCUGUGACAUGUAUGCAUAAUCAGUUCUUGUUACACAGAAAGAUGUCAUCAAAAUACAGAUUUUUGUUGCUCUCAGUGUAUGUUGCGAAUUUUCAAUUUAUUGGGCCAUCUUGUUAACUUUCCAUUUUUUUCAAAUCAAGCUUAGAUAUGUUAGGUUAUGAUAUGACCCUAACCCUAACCCUGGUUUACUUUUGCCUGUUUGGUGCUGGUAUAUGCCACUAGCUCUUUUUGGGAAUCUAAUCAAAUAGAUUGAAUGUAAUUAGAUUAAUGAAAGUGGUAUUAACAACUUGCUCCAGUCUGUCCGUCCUGAAACUUUCAUGAUUACAUGGAUGAUGAGUUAUAUAUUUAUUCUUUUUAAUGAUCUCUUAAUCUUUUUUCUUUAUAACUAUUUUCCCUCCACUUCUGCCGCUUUUACUCUUGUAGGCUGUAAGAAAGGGGGUGCUUAAUGGAAAUUAAUAUUUGCAUUAAAGAAAUACAUGUUACUGACCAAGCAUGAAGUUAAGGUGGCUGAGUAUUGGCCAUGCAAGGUCUUUUUAUAUUUUUAGAGACCGAGUCAAAAAGAAAGAGGCCAGUGUCCAGCUAUCUUAACGGCACUAUUGUGGUCUCUAAAAGGUUUAUUAUAUGGCCAAAAGAUUGCAAAAUAUGACGGAACAAAGUAGGCAAUUAGUAGCAGGCAAGAUAAGGCCAUCUGCUUCAUCUUGUCCACCUUUAAUGUAACUAUUCCUUGCUUAUUAUGAUUUGUCUUUUUGGUUAAAGGAGAAAUCCAAGAGCAAGGAAUUCAGCUGAUGUGUGUUCUUGCAGCUUCAAUAGCAAACUGUCGCAUCAUUGUAAAGGGGAGAACCUUUAUUGUGGCUUUAGAAGCUAUGAAGAAGCAUAAAGAAUUCCUUGGUGUACAGGCUGCAGGCUGCCAUCUUGUGAGGCUUUUAGCUGCUCUAGAGCCUCACAGAGAGAUUCUUGUUCAACAGAAUAUUGUUCUUCAUAUCCUGCGGGCCUUACGUCAGUUUAAAGACAGUAUUGAUGUUCAGAUUAAUGGUUUUGCUGCUUUAGUUCAGCUAACAGAAGCACUAGCAGACAAGGUGCAUGACAGUAAGUAACUUAUUGUAACUUUCCAGUUGUUCCUCCCGGGUGAGGGUUUUUGUGUUAUUUGUUUUUGCUUGUAUUCAACUGCAGGGCUUCAAAGAAGUGUAAAGGCAUAUAGAAAACAAGAAUGCUCUUAGUAGCAUUGAGUCAUUGAGUCUUGCUUGCUUGGAGCCUGGAGAGAUGGGGGCGGGGGGUACUUUAGGAAUUUUUGGGUUGGGAUGUGCCGGUUGGACUCUGGAACCCUUAGCCUUCACCAGAGCUAGUUCAGCUGAAUUUUGCUACCCAUACUAGACUAAAUUCCCCAAAUCCCCCUAUCCUAGAGUAACAGCAUUUAGGCUGUGUUGCGUAGAUUUAAACUUACCAAUUUAAUGUUUUGAUAUUUUUGAAUGGCAAUUCCCGGUUUCUCUAGUCUAGACUAAAAUCUUUAACCAACUGAUUACUUGCUUGGUAAAUGAUACCCUAUUCUAGUCUCAAACUCUCUGAUUUAUAUACCCUAUCCCAGACUAAACUGCUUGAAAACCAUACCCUUCACAGCGGCACAUACCUAUAUAGCCCAUAUAUGGCAUUACCACCCCGGGGCUUGGAGAUAAUUUUCUUGUCAGCUGGUUAUGCUACUUUUUGGAUGGGAAUCUCUAAACAGCCUAGAGGUAUCAAUGGAUCAACUGGAUAUUCUGGUCUUUACAAUUUGUGGUGAUAUAUUCGCUGAAUGCGUAUUAGCUUUGUGGCAUUUAUUUCAGUUACGAGGAUCAAUGCCUCUGUCUUCUAAAUGCCCCCUAUCUACUAAACAUCCCUGCUUGGGCUCCUAAAAUGAAAUAAAUGGGCAGGACAUCUAUUAGAUCAUUUAUGGUAUUUAGUAAGCAGUAUUUGUUUCCUCAAGGAAUACAGAACUACAGCUGGGCACAGGAAGUGUUCACUGCCAUGACAAGGCAUUGUGACAAAACAGAAGUUCUUCGCGUGGCAUGUCAGGCACUGAAAGAACUGAUUAAUGUCUACGUGGAGGUGCUUGACAGGGUCGGCGAUGAACCUGAUGAUGACACUAUUCCUCUGCAUCGCUGCUGUAUGGCUGCACUAAUGAUGCACUUGGAUCACCCAGAGCUGUGCCAGGAUACCUGCCAAGUCUUGGCAUCCAUUGUCAAUUGUUCUAGCUCUCUACGUGAGGUAUUGACAAAUUCAAAUUAUUCAGUAGUCUAGCCUCAACUUUUUUCAAAAUUGACUGUGGCAACGUGAAAUAGUAUUAUAAAAUGUUUGCCAGACAGUAGAUACUGGUCACCAGAACAAAGAAAAAAGAGAGGUUUUAUGUAUAUUUCAUAAGUAGUAGAACAAAAUUAUCAACAUGGCUGUCCAACUAAUGCAAUCAAAGAAAAUUGUAAAGAAAAUGGAGCAUAUAAUUAUGAUAUCCCAUGCUCUCACGGUAACUAAAGAAAGACCAUAAACACUAAGUAAUAAAAACAUUACAGCUUGGCACAUUUAUAUCACUGAACACACAUCACCAAAUUGGCAACUUUCACUCCAAUUUUAGUAACCAAAUUUUUUUUUCUACUUACCCUGGAAGCUAAAACAGUGGCAGCUUUAGAGUGUUGUUGUUGUCCUCCACAUUAGUCAUUGUGGAAUUAUAAAUAGGCCUUUUGCAAUAGUUGGUCACUUGAGCAACUUUCCGUAAACACAAAAAGUUUUUUUCUAAAAAAUGAUUUUUGCAGAAACUGACAGAGCAUAUAAAAGUAGCUAACAUGUAAGUUUUCAGCUGUAUAUCAACAAAAUAGUGAUUCCAAUGGCUGCUGAAAAUUAAAAGGAUUUGUGUGUGUUAAACAGCUCUUGGCACCCAGUUAAUCCACUUGUAUAAUGGAAUCUUGAUAAAAUAAAACUCUGUAUAAUUGACAGUAUUUCAAACUAUUUUUUAUCCCAGUAAUAGUAAAAUAUGUGGAAAAGAACCCCGUAUAAUGAUACUGUGAUACAGAAAAAGGCAUUUUGCAAGACUCUAGGCCUUUCAUUACUUUGAGUUUCCACCAUGGUACAAAAAAGUCCUCUUGAAUUGAGAACAAACGGUUUACUUGAUGGUUCUAUGUACUAAAAUAGUGUUCAAAAGUCAGUAGAUAUCAUAUUGUCUCUUUUAUGCUUUUAGUCAUUGAUUUCCAAAGGACUGCAUUUUCAUGUUAUUCGUGCAAUGAAAUUUCAUAAAGACGAGGCAGAGGUUCAGCAAUGGGGCUGCAAAGUGCUGCUUGGAUUGUCUCUUUCUGGCAGUGGUCAUAAGGAACUUAUGAUUCACGUUGGAGUAUUAUCUCUGGUCUUCGACUGCACUCAAAGGUACAAAUAACAUUGAUUAUCAAUAACUUGAAGCAAACAAAGAUUAAGGAGAUGCGUAGGAAGCAAGACUGAAGUGCAAAAUGAAAUUCAGGGUAGAAUGGUUUCUACCUUGCUCUAUUUUCAAUUUCAUUUUUCCCCUAACCCUAAUUAUUCAUGAUUCUGAAGGAUGAAGAGACAAAAGAAAUUGAAAAUCAAACUACAUGUUGGUUGAAACCAUUUUAUUCUGAAUUUCAUUUUGAACCGCAACAUCCAUGAUAUAAUCUCAUUCGUCCAGUGGCUUACUCCUUAAGGGAAAAUGAUGUAUUUCUACUGAUUUCUUUUGAGUAUGUAAGACCUGAAAUAGAAUCAACCUGGGUAAGGUAAGGUAAGCAUAACAUCUUUGUUGAUUGGUUAUUUUUAAAAGGAAUAAAUACGGGCGUGUUACCUGUUUGUAACCUGUUUGGUUGCCGUGCAUUUCACCUGUUCAACAGAAAGCUGUAAGUGUGUGUUUUUACGUGAGAGAUCGCAGCACUAAUUUCUUUGGAGUAAGUAAGAACUGAAAUGGAAUCAACUUGGUAAGGUACGCUUAACAUCUGUGUUGAGUGGAAUCUUUUUUUUUUUUGUAAAUAAAAACCAUCAAGUCAAUCAAAAUAUCUCUUUAUUUGAGAUUAAUCUAAAUAUUCAAGAAGCUAACUAUCCUUGGAAGGAGCUAGAGACUGCAUUUUUACUGAUAGUAUUGUAAGUUACAGUCAAAACAUGAAUUUUUAAACUUUCAGUUUGAAACACAGGGAUGUUUAGUUUAUAUUUUCUCCCUGAAAGGUUUGAAGAUAAAAUCCAUGUACAAGAGGCAGCUAUAGCACUGAUUGCUUGUUUGGCAACAGACAUUGAACUUGUCUGGCAUCAGUGCGCAGUUGAAGGAAUCCAUGACGUGAUUUUGAAGGCCAUGAGCACCUUUCCAGAUGAGAAAUCGUUGUCUGAGAUCUCAUUGGAGGCUUUGGGUAUGUCAAUUACUUGUCCACUUAUGACUGGCCUAGCCUAAAAAAACAGCACUGACAUUUGGGGACACCAUAGUUGGUUUCCCUACGAAAUGACACCUUAUGUGGAGAAAUUCCAUACUGAUCACAGGUCACCACGCAGAUUUGGGUAGUCCUUCUGAUUGGUUGAAGCAAAUUUUAAACCAAUCAGAAGCACUACCCAUUUCUGGGUUGUGACAUGUCAUCAGUAUAAUUAUAUAUAUAGAAUUUAGGUUUCUCAGACAUCAUUUCAUGGAGAAACCAGUGGUGACAUCAUAAAAUGAUCAGAGGGAUCAAUUUCAAAGUUUGGUGUGCAAGGCUAGCUGCCUUAGUCUUCUCUCUGGUAUUAAACGAUGAACAUCAUUUAAUCAUCUGGUGACUGUUAAUAAAAAAUUCUUUAUAACAGUCUUGACUUGUAAGUACACAUUGUCUUUGCCACUGUAGAAUGUACCAAUGGAAAGGAAGGCCCUUUAAGUUUUUUCAUCCAGUAGCCUCUUCAAAGGCUGUUUUUUGCCAAAAAUACAGUUGGAUUGUAUAUUAUCCAGUGCAUGACCUUUCUCCUUAAAAAAAAUACCCCAUUCUUGUGCACAGACCUAUCUUAGAAUAACAGCCAUCAUCACCUUGAUUCUCUCUCUGGGACAUUUUGCUGUAGUUUUUAAUUUAGGAAUUUCUUUUUUUUCCCUAGGUGUGCUUUCUGCGGCGCAGGAAAUUCCAGAACUGCUGGUUUCGAAAAGUUCUGAUCACAAUGGUGUGGAGACCAUUAUUAAUGCAAUGAGAAGGCAUGGUGCUGAGGUACCGAUACAACAGAAAGGUUGUAUUCUGAUUCAAGUGUUGGCGCCAUUGUUGUCUGAUGAUCAAUGCCAAAUGGCAGUAUCAGCCAUCAUUGAUGCCAUGUAUAAUUUUUCAAAGGACAGAAACGUGCAGGUGGAGGGUUGUGUAGCCAUGUUUGUCAUUGCUCAGAUUGAUACAGGAAAGAGCGAAAUGUUAGUGAACAAUGGUGCACAUGAAAGACUCUUCUCCAUACUGGAAGAAUUUGAUGAGGACCCAGAAUUGGUGUAUUUGGCCGGUGAAUGCAUUUGGUAUCUUGGCUGGGAACGGGAUCUGAAGCAGCCGAUGUUGCUGUCAGCAUGCGCUGAUGGACUUCUGAAAGGAGCCGACUGUUUGAUAAGAAAAGGAGCUGAUGUUAAUGCUGGUAAUGGAGUGAAAACGCCUCUUUUCCGUGCUUGCGAGAAUGAAAGGGAAGAAAUGGUGAAGUUUCUGUUAACUCAGGGAAUAACAGAUGUGCAAUCUGCCCUCACACUUUCACUUGAAAUGGGUUAUGGCAAUAUUGUGGGUCUACUUCUUCAACAUCUUGGUCAUGACAAAAAAGCUGGAAUCAUUGCUUUUAGUGGCCUCAAUCUGGGUAAUUUGGAACCGGCAUGGUUAUCACCUUCUCUUACUGGCCACAAAUACUCUCCUCCAGUCCUUGGUGCUGGCUGGACUGAUCAUCUUGAAGACGCACAGAAAGCAAUGCAGUUCAGAGCGCAUUUGAGUAGAAUGUUGUCAAGUGAAGAUUCGGAAGAUGCCCUCAACGAUUCGUGGAGCCCUAGUGAAGGUGAUUUGGAUUUGGAACUUGCGAGCAACACUUCAGGGGGAGUAUUUAAGUCGUCUAGCCUUGAGUCCAUCCAUGACUCGGAUUCAGAUGAUCCAUUCUCUGACAAAGAGUUGAGUGUUCCAGAGUUAACUGACGAGACUCCAUUACGAGCUAGAAGUAUAAGCGGAGCAACCUUCCCUUUCAGUUCGCUUGAUCCCCGCGUCGUGUCACCCUACUCAGAAAAGAACCGAGUCAUUUUACCUAGAAGUGCACACAGUAGGUCAUUUGAUGAGCAACUGCCCGGUGUCCAAAGGCCGACAGUACAAAGACGCGCCAUCAGUGAUGUUACCCCACCCUUUGCUAACCAAGACCCUUUUUUGUGUGUGCCUAGUACGAGUACGGAUCCAGUACACCGAAGUGCAAGUCCCAGGCUAGCUGAGGGAAUCCCUGAGUAUGACGAAGAUGUCCAAGUUAAUGCCUUCAGGAUGCCAAAUCGUAGCUAUGUCUAUAGGUGGGAGAGCUUCAGAGAAACUCAAUCAUUAAGUGGCAGCUAUGACAGUGCCAAUUUUUGGCCUCUUGGGAGAAGAACAAGUUGUGACUUUGGGACACGACAAAGGAGAAAGCAGUCAAUCCAAGCCAUUCCUGCAAAUCCAACAGUUCGAUUUAUUGACAUUUCUGGUAAUAACAUAGAAACCCUGGACACGAUUGCAAAUGCAACAGAUGAACUUCUUGCAUAUCUAGCCAAAGUUGAAAAGCUAGAUCUCAGUCGCAACCAGCUGUCACGUUUCCCAGUUGAUUUAUGUGAGGCAAUGCCUAUUUUGGAUUGUGUAAAUUUAAGCCACAAUGCAUUUUCAGUGUUUCCUUACUGUCUUGUUGAGAAGGCAAAUGGACCGAAAGUCAGAGUUUUAAAUCUGUCACACAACAAGAUAAACUUGGUGUCACAUCCUCCGAAGGAGAACCCAGAGGAGAACUGCGAAUAUACGGUAUGGCUUGAGAGCUUAAACUUGUCGCACAAUGAAUGCAGCUGUCUUCCAAAGUGGUUGGGGAAUUGUUUCCCUGCCCUAACCCACCUGUACCUAGUGGGAAAUGACAUCAAGAAUCUGCCAGAUUUACCUUUAAAAAUGUGGAGACUUAAAACAUUAGACCUGUCAAAUAAUAACCUGACAGAGAUUCCAGCUCAAUUCUUGCAGGAAUUUUUCUCUUUAGAAGCACUCGUGGCUUCAAAUAAUUGUCUCACUUCGUUGCCUGAAAAGAUCGCUUCUUCUUUGACAAAUUUAAAGACUGUUCGACUAAACAACAACAAUCUCGGAGAGUCGAAGUCGCUGAAGAAUCAGUUUUCAGUCCCACGUUUUCUUCUUGCCCUUCCCAAUUUGAAAGUUCUGGACCUUUCCAGCAAUAGUAUGGAAGACAUUCCACCUCCAAUCUCUUGGUCUACACAGCAACUGAAGGAACUUGUGCUCACCGAUAACAAGAUAAGAAAGCUGUCUCUGAAUGGUGUGGAGAAGUGGGCUUUUCUUGAGAGGCUCAUCCUAAGUGGUAACAACUUGAAGCAAGUGCCCAAAAGGAUUGGUGAGCUGACAUCACUUACUUCACUGGAUUUGAGCCGCAACACAGGAAUCACGCAUUUGCCAGAUGAAAUGGGAAGGUUGACUAAUCUAUGGGAUCUUCAGUUGGUUGGCCUUAAGCUUGAUUUGGAUUCAGCUAUUCUAGAGAGCAAGGCCCAGGAGCUCAUCGAGUUUCUUCAUUCCAAGCUUAAAAAUUCAAUACCAUAUUACCGCAUGAAACUGGUGGCUGUUGGCCGGGCUGGUGUCGGAAAAACAACCUUGUUGAACCAGUUGCAAGACCUGGACGGUGCACCAAGACCACAUCGUGACAUCGAAGUCAGAGACUGGGUCGUCAGAGACCACAAAGCAGAGUGUAAGACAUGUUACAGGAAAGGUGUGAGCUAUGUCAUUUCCACGUGGGAUUUCAAAGGCCGAGACGACUUGCACAGUGCUUUUCAGUGCCUCCUGUCAGUGCGCUCUUUGUUUCUGGUGAUUUAUGAUGUUAGCAAGGGUGUCAGGGAGAUCGAUGCACUCAGACCAUGGCUGCUCGACAUAAACGCGCAUGCCCCAGAUGCAUCAGUCAUGCUUGUGGGUACUCACAAAGAUAAAAUUCCAAGGGAUCAGGUUGAUCGCUGGCUAAACGAGAUCAAAGACCGAGCCCUAAGCGUUUGUGCUGGUCCUGGCUUCCCCCAAGUCAAGAUUCAUGUCGUGCUGGACUGCACGCAGGAGACGUCUGGAGUCGAAACGCUGCGGCAGAGGAUUAUGCAGCUCAUUACAAGGUGCAAGUGCAAGGGUCAUGCCUUGAUUGCGCCGAUAGUGCCAGAGAAUUUCAUCCACCUUCAGGAGAUCAUUUUGAAGCACGUUCCAGAACGUGAGCUGCCCAUCUUUAGAAUGGCCAAAAUACGUAAGCUUAUUCAGGAGAACAGGUUAAUUAUGGAUGAUGUUGAGAUGGAGCAGGCCAUCAGAUUCAUGAGCGAAGCAGGUGAGUUCUCUCGUAUCCUGCGAGCAAGCUCUUCAAUUGUGGCGAGUGAAGAGAGCUGAGACAGACUGAGCGAGCGAGCGGCGAAGCCGCGAGGGGCGUCUCCUUUCGUGUGCGGCUCUCGCGUGACUUCUCGCGACUCCCCCAAAUGGAGAGCUUGCUUAUAGGCUAGUUUUCUCGGAAAACCUUAUGUUGUAAUGCACAUAGGUCAAAUUCAAGCACCAUAUUCUCUUAUUCUGUGCGGCUCUUUUGUGAAAUACGUUAUCUUGUUUUGUUACCCCUCCAAUCUUCCACAGUACCUGCAUUGUAGAUUUUCUAAGUUUAUUUUUGGUGUCUACCAGGAGUGCUCGUCCAUAUUGAUGAUCCAGCCUGCCAGUUAAACGAUCUUCUUUUCGUUGACCCCAAGUGGCUGUUCCAUCUACUGGCUGAUGUAGUGACAAGAAACUACAGUAAAAACACCAAUGCCAUCCUUAAACGGGAAGAGCUGGAGGAAGCAUUGAUUCACGAUGGAAACGGAGAAACGAGACUGCCUACAGAGUUGAUACCACAAAUGAUCCGGUAAGCACCCCUGCAAAGUUGCAAAUAACAGUUUGUCACUGGAAAAUGUCCGGCUAAAGUUGGCUCGUGCCCCCAUGUUCUUGGGCACAGAUUUUGCCCAAAUGUUUGGUCAGAUCGUCUCCGACGAGUGGAAAAAAGAAGUUUGGAAGAAGAAAUUUGGUUGCGUCAAGGCGUAUAAGAAGAGAGCUUUAGAUUCCAUGAGGAGGCGACUACAAGCAUGACGUUUAGUUUUAAGUUUUCUCGCCUGUUCUCUAAAAAUAGACAGCCCGGAACGCUUCACUGUACUUUUUUUUCACCGCAAAAGUUAGCACGCUUGUUUCCAUUGAAGGAGGUAAAGCCCCCUCCCGAUCGUAAAUUAUAAAAUUUCUAACAGUUUAUAACUUGUUUUCGCACUACGACAUUCUUGCUAAAACUUGUAGUAGACUGACGACGGCUACGACAUUUCCCCGCCAAAAUGACCUUGGUUCGCGCGCUCACUACUUAGUAUUCGGAAAAUCUCGUUCUCGUAGUCGUCCUCGUCUUAGAAUCUAAAGCUCUCUACUGCGCCGGUCAAAAAUGCCUUUGCUUAGCAUCCCUAUUAUCUGUUGUCUUACAACGUUUCCUUGUUCUCAGGCUUCUUCAAUACUACUGUAUUGCUCUGCCACUAAGAAACAACACCUACCUCUUACCAUCGUUGCUCAGCACUAAGCAGCCGCCAUUACGGAUGCAGCAGACAGAUGCUCGGGCAUUAGUGCACCGCCUCUACAAGCUGGCCUAUCUACCUCCAAGUUUCUGGCCGCGUCUCAUCACCAGAGUUCAAACCUUUGUGAUCAACUUGUACGCAGAGCAUAAAGCCGUUCUCGAAAGUCCACGAGAACCACAGGUUACACAAUGGAGUGAAGGGAUUCAUGUUUACUGGUCAGACCAAGCUUUCUUUGUUAUCUGCCAUGGUUUGAUCAGGCCUCAACAAGACACUGUCCAGAUUACAACUCCAAAAACAAAGCAUGGGGCCAGAAUUCUUUCCCAUGUGGUGGAUCAUUUGGAUUCUUUGUUCGAGGAGUGGUUUUCAGACUUAUGGUGUAAGUGUUAUCGGGGUUUUAAUUUCAGUUCAGUGGACUAGAUGGUAGAUGCGGAUGUUAAACAUGCAGAAUGUGAAAGUUCGAUUUGGAUGAAAAUCAUUGUAGUUUCAAAAAACCGCAGAACUUGUCAGUGUAGGCUGUUUACACAAGUGACUUGCCAUAAAUCGUCUGUUAAGCCCCCUGCUAGUAGCAGAGAAGGCGAAAGAUUGUUGUCAAGGCGCUCCAAUUCCUCUUAAAUGAGUGGAAUGACUGUCUCACAUAGAUACUGCACCUAACAGGUCGCAGUGACGCUCAGUACUUAAGAUUUGUGACCGUUGAUACCGUUUGAAUGAAUACAGUCUUUCUUUAAUUAGUUUGAUUGUAAAAGUAAAGGUUUUAGAGGAGAGGGGAAUUAAUUUUCAUCCCCUCUUAAUGGAAGCUUUACGGUAGUGUGAUCUAAAGUGUUAUAGUUUGCAAAUCGGUUUUGUACACUUGGGUCCCCCUUGAGACAUGCACCUCUUUUCCUCUAAGUUGACAUUUCUUAUUUUGCAAGCAUUUGUUUCCUAGGUUUACGGUCGUCCAGCUUAUUCCAAUUUUAUAUUCGACCCAAAAACAAAUCUGUCGAUCAUAAUCGACGGUCCUUGUGUCAAACGUCUUAUGCUCUUGAUAAUACAAAUAUUAAUAUUACAUGUAUAGAUUAUGUGAAUUUAUAAAAUAACUAAGAUAGUACGCGCGCUCUGAUUGGCUAAAAACCUAUGGUUUAUUGUGCCGGUAAACUCAUAGAAAACUUAAAAUUAUUUUAUAAAAACAAUAGACCACACUUUCUAUGGGUUUACCGGCGUGAUAACCCACGCGAGAUGUUGGGAGAACACUCGUAAAGCUUGUAAAUCACUCGCCUUCGGCUCGUAAUUUACAAGCGUUUCUCGUGUUCUCCCAACAUCUCGCGUGGGUUAUCACGCCGGUAAACCCAUAGAAAGUGUGGUCUAUUGUUUAAGUAAACUUUGACAGUUGCGAGAUUAAAAAACUGGCAGAAACGGUUCACAACCACCAGUCAUUUCUUUGAAAUAUGAAAAUAAGGUAACGGUUACAACAUUCCCGUUCGUGAAGGUUCAAAACAGUGGUAAUAAAAUUGUCAUUUAAAUGCAUGGCAUUUGUUUAUUCUCUUAUCUUACCCGCCCACUAAUAGGCCAUUUCCGAGUUCCAAAAAUUCUCAUUUUCAAAACGAGGCUAUGUACUAAACCUUUGCAUUGAAAUGAGUUUUAUAUGCAUGAAAAUAAAAAUUAUUUCAAUAUCAAUGGCUUAGCAAUUAGCCUCGCCUUGAAACAGAGGCAUGGGGUAGCCCUGAAAUGGUCUAUUGUAUCAUCAGUGUCUUUUGCAUGACUUUGAUAUUACGGUUACGCAAUUAUUCUUUCAGGCGGUGUGGAUCCCCAAGACGGCCGUCCGCUUGUCAGAAAGGAGGCUUUGUGCCCUUUCUGCCAAGGUGAUAAAGCUCAUGCUUUCUCUUUGGAGUCCAUAUCCCAGUCAACCGCAGACGAGUAUGUAAUGUGUCCAAACACCAAGUUACUGGUCGACAUGAGACAAAUAGCACCAGAUGUUGUCAUGGAAGAUGUCGGAGAACAGUUCAGAAUUGAGGAUAGCAAAUUGGUACUGGAUAUAGCACGUUCGUCGAAGCUUGGUGAUGGCGCUUUCGGGGCGGUGUACAGGGCAUUGUACGAUGGAAAGAGCGUUGCUGCUAAGGUGUGUAAAUAAUUUUCAAUUCUAGGUUCUGCGUCAGUUAAGGGUCUCUUUAGGGGAUAGAAUAAAGUUCAGAUAUAAUGCCCACUGUGUGAUUGGCUGAAAAAGCGUGUUUUUGAGACUAUAAAACAGGAAGCUAAAGCUGUGUCUAGUCUUCAUCCAUCUGCCAAUAGUUUGUUUUGAAAAUUAGAAAGUAAUGCGCAGGAAAAUUAACGGAGUCUUUAUCAUAACCUGACACGAAUAAAGAAGCCUUGUCUGUGCUCUGUUCUGUUGUACAGCACUUAGAAAGCGGCUAGAGCAAUCAAGAUGUAGGAAGAAACACUCAACUUCGUCUCGUUUUUCCCACUUUUUUUUUCUUUCGUGCUCUAACCUCUUCUUUAGUACUUUACAACAGACCAGAGCACAAGGCCUCUUUGUUUGCUGAGGAAGGCCCUCAACGUAGCUGUCCAAACUCUUGUUGAGUAAAUCAUCUCAACGUUCUAGGGCACUGAUUCACCUCAAGACAAGCUAAACCUAAGUAGACCCCUUUAAUGAGACUGCUAAAGAACACGCAUCUGAAGCUUUUAUUUGCUUUCGUCAGUCACCUUUCCAAAGCAUGGGCAUUUUUUAUUGCGGGCGAUAGGGGAAGCCCACAAUCCUAAUCUCCAGGUUACUAUUACGAAGCAUCGCAAGUAUGUAGCCAGCGUUCGUUUGGACUUCCACUAAGAAUGAAUGGAAUGAAGAGAACGCAAUUUGAUCACGCGGGUUUCGAACUUCUACCCCUCGUUAUCUGCUGAGGCGUGUUUUGACUAUCUGACACGUGAAACCUACGCAAAGCACAGCGUUGGAGCAAGAGAGGUUUGCCCUUCGAUCGUUCUUGCCCGCACUCUCUAACCUUUGGUUAUUACUAGUUUUCGAAGAAAAUAUCUUAUUAUUUUUUAAGCCAGAUACUGUCAUUGAAAGACCGCCUCACUGACCAUAUAGUUCCAGUAGCGAUGAGCAUAAAGUUUGUUUUUGAAUUAUGAAAUCACGAGCAAGCGGUUAGACCACCUUAAUCCGAUUCUUGAACUACGUGAACAACUUUCCCCAGCCGUUACUAUAAAAAAAGACGUCAAACGUCUUCAAAAUAGGAUCCCCCAUUGUAGAAGGCACCUCUUGGGACGUUUGUACUUUAAAAUCUUCCCCUCUUAACUUUUCACUAACAGAUCAAGUUAUGCGUCGUGAAUUUAUUUGCCACACUAAAUUUCCCAUCUGUGGACCAAAUCCCAUUGUUUUACCAUUCAAAUGAAACCUCUGUGGCCGAACUGUUGCAUAGUUCAAGGUACUUUUUAUGACUUUCAGUUACAAAAAGAAAUUUGAACUUUUUUACUUCUAUAAAAAUUUUCUUUAGGUGUUUCAUUGCAAAAAUGAGACUAUUCCUCACCGCUUGUUACGUCAGGAAGUCAUGUUCUUGCGCAAUUUACGUCAUCCAAGUAUCAUUAACAUGGUAGGAGCGUGCAUGAAGCCCUGGGCACUGAUUAUGGAGUUGGCGCCGCUCGGGUCUUUGAGUUCGUUGCUAAACAAUGGACAGGCUCUGAGCAGAGGGAUUCAACACAGAAUCGCGUUGCAGGUACUGUCCGUGAAUAUUGCGAGGCUUAAAGUAGAUAGAUCACUUGUUCACUUCCUUAGUUUUGCUUAAUUUCAUUUAUGGUUUACCCGUAUAUGGAGCUUCUGAAUCUGAUCUUAAUAUUAUACAGAACUUUUUAGAUAGAUGUCAUAAACGCCGUUUUAUUUCUUACCCCAUUUCAAUUGAGGAUCUAUUAAAGAAGCAAGACUGUAAAAUUUUUAAGAAAAUAACUUCUAUAGAUAAUUACCCGCUAGCUCCAUAUAUUCUUGCCUGCGUGCAGACGUCUCCUAUUUCCUUUGUUGCACGCGUGCAAAAAAGGAAAUAGGAGACGUCUGCACGCAGGCAACAUAUAUUCCUUCAAGGAAAGUCUGUUCUUAUAAUCUCCGUAAAAAAUGAAUGUGCCCGUCCUAAAAUUAAUACUGAGCGUUUCAUGUCUGCCUUUGUAAAUAGACUAAUAUUGAAACACAACCUUAGUUCAGGGUAGUUAGGAUUCUAUGAUUUCUUUAUUUAUUUUAUUAUGUUUUUCUCUAUAUUCAUAAAAAGUUGUAGCAUAGGAUAUGUAUCUUUAUCUUGUGUGAAAUUAGACCCAUUAUUAUUAUUAUUAUUAUUAUUAUUAUUAUUAUUAUUAUUAUUAUUAUUAUUAUUAUGAAAGCUCCACGUUCUUAGACAUGAUGAAUAACAUUGGCAUCGACAAAAAUCAGCAACGUCAUAUAAUCAGGAAAAUGAUAAAUAUAGCCAUUAGAGCAACAUAUUACAUCUUUUGUUGUAGAAAUAGGAACUGGGAUAGCCCAGACUCACUGCAAUUUUGAAAUUUUUUUUUUUUGGCUUUUGUUUUGUUUUGUUUUUGUUUUUGUUUUUGUUUUUUCUUUUUAAUAAUCCAAUCUCAAGCAGCAUUUGUAAAUUGCCUAUACGUAGCGAGAUUUACAAUUGAACAUUCAAAAACAAAUAAAGUUUCCAUGAUUAUUAUUAAAGAAGAUUACAAGGCAUUGUCUUUGAUUUCUCUUACAAGGCUGUUUAACGUAAUUUUGCGAUGGUCAAAGGCGGUACUCAAUGAAAACAUGCUAUUUACUUACUGGAAAAUAUUAGUAGGACCAUACGCCUAUUAGGAAGUUAACCCUUUGACGGCCGUGCCUGCCAAAACCGGUCGUACAAGACUACUCUGUUUUAAAACAUUGUAACUUUCCCAAUCGCGCAAAGAUAGGCUUAACUGUCUGUCAGUACAAUGUCAUUCAAAUCGCUUUUUGUAAAAUAUCACCUUUUGAAUUGGACAACGACAAAAAUGAAAAACAGAAAUCAUCCGUGACCGUUGCAAAACCAGAAGUCAACAUUCACGGUAAAAUUCAGUCCUUGUUUUAGCUCAGAAGUGACUUUUUUUGUUCUUAUUCGUUUUCCGGGCCGAGCUACAGCCUAUUUUUUUAGUGCAUCCUGGCCUUGUCUCAGCAACUCCGACUUACCACAAAAAUUUCGCGUUUGUUGUGAUUUUCAGUGGUCGCAAAUUCCAAGAUAUGCCGUGGUAGGUCAAGAAAUUCAUCAGUGGCCGAGUGCCAAAGCGACUUCGUUUCGGAGCUGCCAUUUUUUAAGUUCGACGAGCAGCAAGCCAAAUUCCCAAACGGAGUACAUCGGCUUACUCACUUCUUUGAGAAACGGGACUCUUAGCUACCGCCAACCUCAAUGAUGCUCAUCAGGCAGCCACUAAUCGCAUACAAACCAUACUUGAGCCGUUAUUUUAGCACAACGAAGCAAAAUAACUACGUCAGAAUUACGUUUCCAGAAAACAUGAGCCUUCAGUGACUUACAUUUCAGCAUCUCUCCACCUUAAGCAAAAGAGCUCUCUUGACUGUUAGACAACCUUUUUCCUAUUGAUUUGUCAAAUUGUCAAUGACCAUACUUUUCUUUACUUCAGGUAGCAGAAGGCGUGGCAUUUUUGCAUCGUCACCUGAUCGUCUACCGCGAUUUGAAGCCACACAACAUUCUCAUAUUCACCCUGUCCCCUGGAAACUUGAUCAACGCCAAGAUUGCAGAUUACGGCAUUGCUCGCUAUGCCACUCUCUGUGGCCUUAAAUCAACUGAAGGUAUCGUCCCCUUUCUGUGAUUGGGCACAAGAACUGAAGACCCUAAGAACCUGUAAGAAUUUGAAAAAGGUUCUUAUUUUCUUAAAAAGGCUCUUAUUUUCUUAAAAUCUAUUAUAACAACUUCUGUACGCUUGGGCAAAUAAGAUAACUCGACUUUCAGGAUCCUCUUUGGAAACAUAAGUGCCUUAUCACCCCAACUGCAGUGUAAUAGUAUGCAUAUUUUAUGUAAGGAAUAAGCUGAAUAACACUCAAUACUAUUAGUUACAGUCUAUUCUUUUUCUUCAGAAAAUUAGAACCUUUUUAAGAACCUGAAUAGCCUAAAUUUCAUUUUGUGCAUUUUGUAAGAACCUAUUUAGAGUAAUGUGGGAAAAUGCAGGUUCUUACUCGGAGGUUUUUUUCUGUAUCCUUGUGCAUCCCAAUAACCUGUGAACAGGUUGUUUUCCCUCUCCCUUCCAAUGUUGGCCUCGAACUUGGAUAAUUCCACCGAAAAACCAUUACAAAACAACAUAAGAAGAGAGAAAGGCAGGUACCAGAACAGUGUGACACAAGUUGGUUGUCCUUGAUUGUACUAGAGCUUCGUUCUAUACCCGACAUGAGAUAUAACAUGCUAGAAUUGAAAGCACGAGGAAAACAACGGGGAAAUUUUUAUCUUAAUCUGAAAAAAUAGCCAAUGUUUCGCGAGGCUAUCACUGGUUUCCCCGCGCAAUGACGCCCGAGAGACGAGCGCAGAAAUCCCAUAGUGAUGACGCUUGUGCUUAUGCUAGCGUUUAGGCGGGUUUCUCGUGAGAAAUGAACAGUCUCACGCUUGUCUUUGGGCUUGCGUCGCAAGUGGAAACCGAGUUUUCGUUUUGAUAAUAUCGUUGAAUUCAUAAGUGUUAGUCUAGAGCUAAAACAGUUGCUCCAUGUAAUUAAUGUGAAUGCAAUGAUCAUUACUUCAAUUCAUUCACAUUCGUGGUUCGUACGAUAAAUGAAAAAAUGCCUUUGAAACUGCGAUGAUCCUUCUCGAAUUACAAUAUUACAGGGCAUAAAAACGUUACGAUACGAGAAUCUUUUUAACGUUUUUUUACUUCGGCUGUUCUCAAUAUAACAGGUACACCAGGAUACCGAGCACCCGAAGUGGCCCGAGGUGACCUCGCCUACAACACAGAGGUGGAUAUGUAUUCUUUCGGCAUGUUUCUUUAUGAGCUUGUUACCGGGGGCACCAGGCCAUUUGAGGACCUGCGCUUCCGGCACGAGCUCGACGCGGCCGUGUUGAAAGGUCGAGCACUGGAUCCCAUCACUUGUUCACCUUCCUGUGCCCCCUGGCCGGAUGUAGCAGAUCUUAUUGCACACUGCCUUGAGCCUCACCCUAAUAGGCGAGCAACUGCUGAACAGGUAACCGCCAGCUGCUUCACUCUAGAGGCUGGUUACGGAAAACGUUAAAUUGUACCUCGUGACUAAGUUUUCCCUUUGCUUGCCAUGUCAUCUACCAAAAAAUAAGUGGUUUCAUGUCAGGUUGACCCACACAAAUUAUUUUCGACAGUUUUUACCCUGACUCGUCCCCAAUCAUCUCUUUUGUCUCCUAAUUAAAUAUUAACGAGGGAUGCGCGUCGUCCCCUUCGCUGAGAUGCCGUAAUAGUCUCCUGCCACCAUUCCAUGACCGCCUUCAAAUGAUUAGAGACGACUGGGGACGAGUCAGGUUUUUACCUUCUCAUCUUCCAAUUUGAGAAAUUUUCAACUUGAAUCUCGCGUUUCCCGUUUGCCGUAAAUGAGAUUCUAAAUCUCUCUAAUUACCACCUAUUGUAGUCCACGUUCGUUAAGACGGACACGUUUGGGAACUGCACUAAAUUUUCUUCUCAGAAGAAUUUCAGUCUUACAAAGAAUAAAAAUAAGAUGACUUUCAAAGGGUAGGGACCAACCAUAGGUGUCGGAUUUUGGUGGUGGUGGGGGUGCGGGGGAGGGGUUGGUCUGUUUUAAAGAAGAGCCCAGUAAGAGAAAGUCGAUUCUAGCGACAAAGCUAAAAAAAAAAACAGGAAAUAUUGACGUUUACUUGGAGAAGUGCUUAUUAAAAUUAAAGUGAAUUAACGUCCAAAAGGAGUUUAUCUCUGACCACAGGCACAAAGGUAUUUAGUGCACGGCCAUAGUACCUCCGAACAAAGGGGCCGUUUUGAUAGAGUUAGGGAUGUAAAGUGGAUAGCUUUCUCGCAAGAAAAAUUCGUAAGAGAACAAAGUGAAUGAAAGUACGCCGUUUACGGCGACAUAUGUGAAUUGUUCUGUGUUAUUCAGAUAAGUUUAGCGGGAAGGCAGCUCUUUUUUGCAGGAUAUUGCAAAAAUAUUUCACCAGUUUAAAGAUUACUGUUUCUAAUUUAUAGAUUAUUGUUUCUUGUUGUUCCUUAAGGCGUAUUCACGUUUGUGUGACCCUGAGCUCAUAUGUCUCAAGCGUGAUAUUGCAGUGUGCAAAGGACAGACGGUGGAGUGCAUGGCUGUUCGACACUUUCUUGAAAAUGGUGCAGCGAAAGUGGAAGUGUGGAUGGGCAGUGGACAGUCAGAUGACUUAAAUGCGCAAGUCACAAUCGUCGAUCUCUCCGAGAAAGGAGUCGAGGUACAGUCCAACGAAAUAGGCUGUUGUAAUUUAGUAGCCUGCGAAUACAGCCGUCUCUCCUCGUUCCCCGCCGUAAGGGACGUUUCGUCGUCUUUCCUGCCGCGAGGAGAGAGGAGAGACGGCUGUAUUCGCAGGCUGGUAAUUUAGUGAUCGCUUUACAUUUAGUUACCUCCACGGUGAUUGGUUGAAAAAUCUCGCCGCAUUUUCUCAACCAAUCAGAAUUGGAGCCAAAACCAAUCUUGACUUGCUUACUGGCAUUCUCACUGACGCAUUCUCUCGAUUAAUUCGAGAUGUGAUUGGUUAAGUCGAUUGCCAACUUGUGUUGUUGUUUGCAAUACAAAUGACUUCGCCAGGUUGUGUUAUAGUUUAGUUUUAGAUGUUUAUUCAGGUUUUUGCUUAAUUUUUUCAUUAUGUCCACAAAAUGGGAUUUUUUUAAGCUUGGUAACCUCUAAAAACUUUUGGUAGGAAAGCGAAUUUAGGCAGUUGUGUGCAAGGGAGCGUUGAUUGGGAUUUUUAACUCACUAUUUAACCUCUUUGUUCUUUAUCCCCAGGGCUGCACGGGCACAUUUGUCAGAGACAGACGAGUGAAGAGCAUCGUAGCAGUGGAUAGCGAUAUUGUCCUAGCUGGUACACAGUCGGGCAAGAUUUGGGUGUUUGACGCCGCGAACCAUAAAUGCAUGUUCUCCCAACCUGAGCUUCCUCACGCAGUCCUUUGUCUUAGGCACUACAAGGACCAAUUUAGUGGCGUGAAUUUAGUGCUCGCUGGGCUAGCCAACGGAAAGCUUGCGGUGUAUAAGGCUGACAGUGUCAAGGUGAAAGAAGCUCAACCGAAGCUUUACGAUUUGUGUUGCAGUAGGUUCGAAGAUUCCUCCUGUCAUGAGUGUAAAAUACAUCCAGUGGCUUGUACGGCUGUUGGGAAGAAGAGGUUAUUCUGCGGCUGCGGUAACGAAGUAGUUGUCCUCAAAGUCAAUGAAGCUGGCGAGUUAGAAAUUGAGCGUCGAUGGACUGUCGAGGACAGACAUCAAGGGCUUGUUCUUAACAUUGCCGUGGGGUCCACUUAUGUGUGGACUUCAACUCGCGAUAGUCCUAUCAUAGAAUGCUGGGAUUUUUCCAAGGGCAAGUUUUUCAGUCAAGUGGAUUGCAUGGCUAUCCUCAAAGACGCUGGCUACCUUAGCGAUCCACGACAAACGCGAGUACUCAGCCUUCUUCUCUCGCACAAGACCCUGUGGGUUGGACUGGGUACUGGUCACGUGAUUCUUAUAGACCCUGCCACGCGGAAGCAAUUGAGCAUGAUUCACAGACACGUGUCCGCUGUGCGGUGCCUGUGCCUGGCGGACUCACGUAACCCAGAAUUAAGUGACCAGAAGACAUCUCUGGUGCUGUCAGGUGGUAUGGGUUUUAUUGAGAGACCCGGAUGCGAGCGGAGGAAACCUAACAACGAAUUUGGAUACGCAUUAGCUUGGGAGGCUGACUUCACGGAGCAGGCCAAAGACUUGGAGAGCCACAUUCGCAAGAGGCGUGAACUCACAGAAAAUAAUUAGAACUUUGUACUAAACAGGCGUACACUUUGAAAUGGGUGGAAAACGUGUGCGAUGGUCUUUACUGAAUAUAACCUGUAACCCCUGAUAAUGAUCGACAUGUAGACUCUCCAUAACAUACCACUGUUUAGUCAAAUAUUCAGGCGAUGAGAAUCGAGAAACUGAGCAACGGAGGCAGGUAUUGAUUCUUAACCGAAUUCUCGUCGUAAGUACCCUAAAACUGUUCGGAUAAUGGUGUAACCUUGUGAACAUACAUGCUUAGAAUAGAUUGGUGGUAAGGUAAGGGUUAAGCAAACUUUUUGUUUUUUCCAACCAAAGUUGGGAUCAAAGUUUGUUUGCAAUUGUAAUACUGGUUGCAAGUGGAAAAGUUAAUUCUUUGCUCUUUGCUCUUUGCUCUUUACAUCAUAAGUGUUGUUGUUGUGGGUUACAGAUCGGUUUCUUUUACUUCUUUGUUCUUUGGUUUGGGUUACUGUAAUUUCACGUUUCAUUAUUUUUAGCGGAACAGGUUUUCAUUUUCUUGCCAAAACUGUUUUAAAUUGUAUAGGAAGAGUUAAAUCAGUAUUGCCCUGCAGAGUUCUUUUAAUGGGCGAUUUUAAGUUGUAUAUUUUGAGUUUUCGCAUCGGUUAUUCGGAUAAUUAUGAGAUGAUUUGAAUCUUAUUUGCAUAAACUUGAUUUGUUGAAAGGUUCGAUUUGCAGAUCGUUUUAAAUGUUUUAGUCACAGUCUUACUGUAAAUAACUCUUGUACAAUUAGAACUGGUAAAAACGAGCAAUGCUACCUCUUUUAACAUAUGAGAAUGUAGGGAUUGUUUUAAAGUGAGACAACGAACUAAUUGGUUGACUUCGCGCAACCAAAACGAAAAUAUAUUUAUGACUAUUUUAAUUAAUCCAUAAAUCGGAAAGAAAUAGCCAAAGUUAGGCCAUUUGCUAAACAUUUUUGGAGACUUGAAAAUCCAUUCUCGACUACUGUGAUCAGAUUGGGUAGAAUAUUUAUGACAAAUUAAUAGUGUAGAAUCUGUAAAUUUUGUAAAUUUUAGGAUAAUCAUUUCCAAGAAAUAACUGUAUAGAUCGAGAGUUUGUAAAAGGUAGAAUUACUUGAAGUCAGGGGCACCCAACGAGGAUAUAGUUCAAAACCACUUAACAUAGCAUUGUUGAACGUAUUUUAGUAUUUAAACGGUAGAUAUAGGCAUAUUUUUAUCCCCUAAAAACUUUUCAUCUGUUCGGAUUUCCCAGCUGAAAGUCUAGUGAUCCGAAAACUAUAGGGAUCAAAACUUACCUUUUAGAAAAUUUCAGCCAGGAAAAGGCUCCCAAAAAUUCUAGGUGGCCUUUUUUAGGGUAAGUAUCCGUUUAAAAUGGGUAAUUAUACCAUUUUGUAGAUGUUCGAAAAUCCUAGGAGAGGCAGGCAAGCAAGAAACUUUACAACAAAUGUUCCGAAAAUUCUAGUUCUCAAAUCGUCUUCCGAACAGAUAUUUUCCCGAAAAUUGCCGUUGGGUGCCCCUG